CAUUUCUCCCCGUACACGCGGAAAUUCCCUAAACCUUUUUGUUCAUUUAAAAGAUGUGCCAUUAAUAUUGGCAGUUAUUCUCAGCUGAUGAGCGAGCGAGAUGGAUAUUACCUAAUGUUAUGACAUUUUUGAGAAAAGUUAUGAAUACCAACAGUAACGAGUGCCCGUUUUUGACAAACCUGUACGCAGAAAGCAUCGCAACAGAAUUAUUUCAGCAAGGAACUGGACAUCUUGUUACAGAUAGCUCUCAAGGAACUAACCAAUAUUCAUUGUCGCAAAUUGGACAUACUUCUAUCCCAACAAAAGAACAAAGUUGUUCGACUUUUUAUAACCCUUGGGGUAGCUGUACACCAAACAAUGGUUUUGUAACCUACCAUCCUGAAAGCAAUUCAAAUACUUAUGAAGAAAAUUCAUGGUCUCAAUUUUAUAUGUCCGAACUAGAACCAUUGACGAAAACACAAGAUAAUUAUUUUCCUGACGCCAAAAAGAAAAAAGUGACCGAUCCAGUUGAAAAUAUGUCAAGACCUUUAGAAAGCAAUUCUCUCUUUGAGGACAACAGUCUUCAAACGUUGAAUUACAUAUCUGGGACGACCCAGUCUACAAAUCCACAACUCAGCAACCAACAGCCAAAUUACAUUUCAUUGGAUGAACCAAAGCAGUUUGUUUUAGGUUCUCAGUUGACAUCUCUUAAUGAAGCAUCAGAACUAGCAGAGAAUAAUGUUAUGAACGUUUCUCAAGACUUCACAAGUUAUGCAGACAUGCUAGAGUUCGACGAAACGUCUCCAGUUGUUCAGGAUAUAAAUUUUGCUGUCACUCCUGAGAUGUCAGACUUUAUCGCACUUAAAGAACAGGAAAUUAUGUGUGAAUACACAGCAUACCAUAAUACUGGAAAUCAGAGUGUACCAACAGAUCGAGACGGAGACACGCAACUUCUUCUUCACAUUCUAAACAGAAGAACAGAACAAGCAAUUGAAGACAUCAGAACAAAGAAGUUAAAGCUUUGUUCAAAUUGCUUUGCGAAUUACUUGAAUGUAAUUAACAACAAACAACAGGCUGCUUUGCACAUGGCUUGCUACAAUCAAAAUGCUGCAGUGAUCAUUGAGUUACUGAAACAUGAUAUUGAUGUCACAUUGAUGGACAGUGAAAGUAACACUGUCUUCAACAUCAUUAUCGAUCGAGCGAAAACAGAAGAUUUCGCAUUGCAACUGCUUGCACGGUUUUUAGAUCAAAAUGUUGUAAUGCGCUACCAGGAAGAUUUCAAGACUGCUUUUGGGAAGAGAAAUAAUGAAGGGAGAGGAGCUAUGCAUUUGGCUGUGAAGAAAAAUUUUCGACAUGUUGUUUCAGCUAUUGUAAGAGCAGGAGCAGACAUCAAUCUGCAGGAAACGCAAGCAAAGAGAACAAGUCUAGUAAUUGCAGCCAAACAUGGCGACUGGAAAAUGGUCAAAUUUCUAGUACACCUUGGCGCAUGCAUCAACCUUGCGCCGAGGUCAAACGUUCGAGCCAUCCAUUAUGCUUGCAUGCAAAAUAACGUGGAUGCAGUAAAGUUUCUUAUCGAAAAGUGUGUGGAUUUGAAUCAGAGAACUUGUGAAGGAAAACGAGAGAAAGAAUUGACCAAAUCAAAGGAGAUAGAACAAAUUAUAUCCGAAGAAAUGAAGAGGCGGAGACGAACUCGCACCAAAGCUAAUAAAGACAAAGACAAAGCUGGCAAUCAAAGAUCUUGUCGCUGUGGGAGUGGACAGUCCGUCACGUGAUCAAACUUAAAAGGUCAUCUUUUCAAGUCACGCUUAUUUGUACCAUAUGGACUUUUUUAUUUAUUUGGAAGAAAAUAUUUAACCUUAGUCCCAGGGAUUAUUUUCUUCAUAUUAGCGCCUCGCUCUUUGGUCGUGAGUUAAAAAAAAGAUACGGCAGCCCCUGGGACCGAGGUUGUAACGUAUAUUAAUUAAGUUAUUAUUUUGAACAAUUUAUAAUAUUUUAAGUUAUAAUAUACAUUUCUAUAUAUAAGAGUAACUUAAAAUUUUGGACUGAUGUUGAAUGUGAUUAUUCUUUUGUUAAAAUUGAGACUGAAUUAUGAAAUGUAAAGCUUUUAUUAAAAGCUUUUCUUUUUGAAGCCAAUCACAGCGAUUAAAAAUUUUCUUUGUGAAGCUUAUGCAUAUAUUGUUAUGAAAGCUGAAUUCGAACUUGUUUAAUGUCUUCUGUAAAGCCUAAAAAUUUGCUCGAAACUCGGUAAGCUUAUAAACUUUCCGAUUUGCCUUAACAAACUAUGUUCUAGUAGUUGUAUAAAUAUUGAAAAGAUGAAUUUGUAUGUAUGGUAUUAAAAAUAUGAUAUUUAAUCGCGAUGGGAAAAUAUUUAGUCUAUAUAAACACUUGACUGAAAAAAAAUGUUUUUGCUAUCAAUGGCUUACAGUGUGCUAGCUACUUUAUUUGCUUAGAGUUUCUUAUGAAGAAAAUUGUUCUCAAACUUUUUUCAAAGAAAAAAAUUUUUACUUUAGUGAAUUUGACCAUGCAUUUUUAUUAAUGAAACAAAUCUUAUUUAUGAAAGUUUUAUACUUUCGUUUGCUUACUAGACUGAUUUCUUCACCGAUUUCUUUUUUCCCAUCUGUGGUUAUAUUUAGUAUUUAAUUAUUUCUAUUAUUCGCGAUUAAUAAACUGGAAUUUUUAUUUGGAUAAUUAUUUUAAAAAGUAGAAAAGAGUAAAAACAGUUAAA